AUGACAAUCGUUGAGACUGACAAGCGGCGAAUCAUCCAGUCGUCGUUCCCUGAUAUCGACGGCUCUGCCCAGAAAGUCAUUCCGUAUGGUAAUGGUUUCGUCAACGGUGUCAUUCGCGCUUUCCAGCAAGACCUUCAUCUCAUUCUCCGACCAGAUGAUAUUUGGCUUGCUGUCUUGACCCAAUUUGGCAUGUAUAUCAACGGACAGGCUGAAGAGGCUCGUAAGUUCUUCGUACGACGCGAAGGCAAGCAGCGACUCUUGAUCGAUAUUACCCCCAAAUAUCUCUGGGCAAUGGAUACGGGUGAAUUCGCGCAGAAGACGACGACCCUCAUCCAAGAUAAUGUUGGGGAUCGAGGCCUCGAGGACUGGAUUAUGCCAAACUUCACGACUACUACACACAACGACAAGUCGGUCGCCGCAAUUGCGGUGAUGGGAAUUGUCCAAAGCUUCUUCAACUAUACAGUUGAAGGUGGUUGUGGCUUCCCAUCAGUCACCCUUCUCGGUGAGAAGUCAGACUGGUAUGAGAUUGAAAAGGGAAUCACCCGCCUCAUUUGCUACGGCUCUGAGGCUGAAGAAUGGACGAUGCUCUUAGCAAAGGCCAUCAAAGCCAUGGUUCAAUCUUUUGACUCCCCUGAAUCUCAAGCAACAAAAGACUUCUGGCUGCACGCCUGCCACUCUGGAGGACAAGAUGGAAGUUGCAAUGAUAUCGAAACUAUCUCCGGUUGGCUUUCGGCUUUCUGCUUCUGGGACAAGGAUGGACGUCGCAUUCCUGAGAUACACAAGGAUACCGAAUUUUGUGAAGAUCGCUCUACACCAUUCGCGGACCGAAAGAAACUUGCUCUAAAUGACAUCAAAUAUCCAGUCAUUGCCCGAAGUGCCAUUCCAAUUGGCGUUCUCUCUAUACCAGUCACUAUUUUCCAAGGCACGGAAACCCAGCUCGAGCAUGAAACAACUAUGAUCGCUGGAUCGGUCGCAAUGACAGCUACCACAGUGGGUGAUCAGACUGCUUUCCAGCCUCGAUCGGGUUGGUGGAUGGUCGAGGACUCUGUCAAACCUUUGGGAAGCAGCGCUUAG